AUGGUACAGGUCAGACUCCCCAAAGGAGAGCGGUCAGAGAGGCCCCUGCGAGGAGUCCGGGGCGUCUUCAUCCACCCGGUCAAGGACGAGCACUGGGAGGACAAGCUGCACGAGCGCCUGGGCCUGACUGGGCCCGACAUGCUGGACAAGGUCCUUCUUCGGGUACAGGCGCAGCUGGAGAAGCUGGAGGGCCCUUCGAAGGUGCCCAUCAUCGUGCUGGACAUCCCGUGCAAGACGAGGGAAGGCAUGGACUCUGUCUCCACCUUCGCCAAGUACCAGUGCUCUGACGAGGCUAUGGACGCCACGGCUGUGAAAACACAGCAGCAGCGCGCAGAACCCUCUUUUUCUCACGACUUGAGCCAAAGUCAAAAGCCGGAGGCUUCGUCAGUGAAACUCUUUACACACAGGUGA